AUGGCUAAAGUGGAACAGCCGCUUUUUAUCUUGCCUAAAAAACGAAAUGGAAAGAAACAGAAUGCUGUAGCAGGACAUGUCGAUCAUGUAAUAACUGUCCAGGGAGCUGCUGAUACUGAACUACAAGCAAAGUACAAAAAUGGGUUAUCACCAGUAACAGAACAUGUUGUCAAUGGCAUCAUACAUUCAACCAUGGAGGGCCUAAAAUCUAACAUGAAAAUAAAUCUACCCAUCAUUAAUGAUGUCAAUGAUGAAGAUAUGAAUGAGACUAAUAUUCUUAUGGACUCCCAACAGAAGUUACAGAAAAACGGUUACCAGGCCCUCUCUACCCUACACAACAGCAGAGAAAUUAUAGACUUGUCUCCAAUUUAUGAGAAUUCUUCAGAUGCAUGUUCCAGCCAUGGUGACCUAAGGGAAGCUAGUGAAGUUGAAACCCAAAAGGGCUGCAGAAUGUUGAAUUCAGAUAACAAUGAAAGUACUUGUGCUACACCAAAUAGUAUGUCACAGACCCAAUCUGAAAACAGCUUUGAAAUGGGUCCACUUACAGACAGUCUUAAAAACAGUGCUAAAAGAAAAAAACGGAGUUCACCAAUUCCUGAUACACCGUCAGAAAGAGAUGGUGCCCGAUCAAGAAUGACGUCACCGGCGCGAGAAUAUGAAAUGUUUGAUGAUGAAGGUGCUAUUCUUGGGGACAAUGCGGCGGAGGAAGAAGACGAUGGAGAAGAAUUAUUUAAUGAUAAUAUGGAAGCGGAUUAUCGACCUAUGCCAGCCUUAGAUCGAUAUGAUAAUGAGGACUUGGACAAUGAUGAUUAUGACCCUAUGUCAAUUGAAGAUCGGGUAGCUGCUGAACAGGAACUCCGAAGGCGUGACAGAGAUGAAGGCAGACUAAGAAGGGAUGACCGUGGCUUGCUUUAUGAUGAAUCUGAUGAAGACAGUACAGACGCACCACGUGCAAAGCGCCGCCGAGCUGCUGAAAAAGCUGCUACAGGAGCUGAAGAGCAGGUAGAAGAAGGGAUAGAAAGUAUAGAAAAUCUUGAGGAUACCAAAGGUUAUACUACUAAAGAAUGGGUCUCAAUGCUGGGCCCUCGUACGGAGAUUGCUAAUAGAUUUAAAAACUUCCUACGAACUUACACUAAUAAUAAAGGGCAGUUUGUUUACAAGGACCGUAUUCGAAGAAUGUGCGAGCACAAUCAAGCCUCUUUUCAUGUGGAGUUCGACGUUUUGGCGCGUAGAGAACAGGUUCUUGCUUACUUCCUCCCAGAGGCGCCGUUCCAGAUGCUGCAGAUCUUCGAUGAGGUUGCUAAGGAGAUCGUUCUCCAGAUAUUUCCGAGCUACGAACGGGUGACGUCAGAAAUCCAUGUUCGCAUAUCUGAUUUGCCUCUCAUCGAAGAGCUUAGAACGUUCCGAAAGCUCCACUUAAAUCAGCUGGUAAGAACGGUUGGUGUAAUCACUGCUACGACAGGGGUCCUGCCUCAGCUGUCUGUGGUGAAAUACGACUGCAACAGAUGUGGCUACAUCUUGGGACCAUUCGUCCAAACACAGAACUCCGAAGUGAAACCAGGGUCGUGUCCAGAGUGUCAGAGUGCAGGACCAUUUAUGGUAAAUAUGGAGCAAACUGUAUACCGUAAUUAUCAAAAAGUAACAAUCCAAGAGUCACCGGGUAGAAUACCUGCUGGCCGAAUUCCACGCAGUAAGGAUUGCAUACUUCUUGCAGACUUAUGCGACAGAUGCAAACCGGGUGAUGAAGUUGAUUUAACUGGAAUCUAUACAAAUAAUUAUGAUGGAUCCCUUAAUACUGAACAGGGAUUUCCGGUGUUUGCGACAGUGAUCAUAGCAAAUUACAUAGUAGUAAAGGACUGUAAGCAUAUUGUCGAGUCUUUGACCGACGAAGACGUCGCCAACAUCGUCAAAUUGUCCAAGGACCCGAACAUUGGCGAGAAAAUUAUCCAAAGCAUUGCCCCUUCGAUAUACGGACACGAUUAUAUUAAGAGAGGACUGGCGCUUGCUUUGUUCGGCGGUGAACCCAAGAAUCCAGGUGAGAAACACAAGGUGAGGGGUGACAUCAAUGUCCUCAUCUGUGGUGACCCUGGAACGGCUAAAUCGCAGUUCCUCAAGUACACUGAAAAGAUCGCUCCCCGGGCUAUAUUCACAACCGGGCAAGGCGCCAGUGCGGUUGGUCUCACAGCUUACGUAAGGAAGAACCCAACAACGAGGGAAUGGACUUUGGAGGCGGGAGCGUUGGUUUUAGCCGACCGCGGCGUGUGUCUGAUCGACGAGUUCGACAAGAUGAACGACCAAGACCGCACCUCCAUACACGAGGCGAUGGAGCAGCAGUCCAUCUCCAUCUCCAAGGCAGGCAUCGUCACCUCCCUUCAUGCCAGAUGUUCAAUUAUAGCCGCCGCCAACCCAAUAGGAGGUCGUUACGACGCAUCGCUUACUUUCACGGAGAACGUGAACCUCUCAGAGCCUAUCCUCUCGCGUUUCGACGUCCUUUGCGUCGUGAAGGAUGAAGCAGAUCCUAUGCAGGAUGCUCAUCUCGCUAAAUUCGUUGUCAGUUCCCACAUACGACAUCAUCCAACUCAGCGCGGCACUACACUUGAAGAUAAUAACACAGACGACAUUGGUAUACCGCAAGAACUGCUGAAGAAGUAUAUUGUAUACGCGAGAGAGAAUGUGCACCCUAAAUUACAGAAUAUGGAUCAAGAUAAAGUUGCGAAAAUGUACAGCCAGCUCCGUCAAGAGUCUCUAGCUACAGGCAGUUUACCCAUCACCGUCAGACACAUUGAAUCAGUUAUCCGCAUGAGUGAAGCACACGCCCGGAUGCACCUUCGAGCGCAAGUCAAUGAGGAAGAUGUCAAUAUGGCAAUAAGAACAAUGCUCGAAAGUUUCGUGGAAACGCAAAAAUACAGUGUUAUGCGCGCUAUGAGACAGACAUUCCAGAAAUAUCUAUCGUACAAAAAAGACCACAGUGAGCUUUUGUACUACAUACUCCGUCAGUUGACUAUGGAUCAGCUUGCCUAUAUGCGGGGUCUGCACAAUCACUCGCAGUCAACAAUAGAGAUUUCAGAACGGGACUUAACAGAAAGAGCAAGACAAAUAAAUAUAACAGAUUUGAAACCAUUCUAUGAUAGUAGAAUAUUUAAAAUAAACAACUUCAGUUAUGAUCAGAAGAGGAAGGUCAUAAUUCACACACUACCAGAAGUGCCUAGUGUUGCAUCA